CAUGACAAGCGAUGUCAGUUAUCUCUGCAAUGAGCGUAACGAGACCUUACAUAAAUACAAAAUAAAUCCCGGUUAACUGAAUGAAUAACAUCAAUUUGAACUGAUCGAAUCAUUAUGUUGCGAACAAUAUGCAAGCAAUUCAUCCGACCAAUUGCUUCGUUAAACGUACCACCAUCAAAGUAUCAGUGCUGCAAUUGGAGGUUAUUUUGUUCAAAUGAGACUAAGAACGACUACGGCGGUCUGACUGUUAACGACACCGAAGUGCUUAAUUACCUGAAAAAUGCCAAGACAGAGUACUGUGAUCUGGUGAAACGGAAAGAAACACUCGGACGAGAUGGUCACGAGAAGAUCAGAGAACUGCAACAAAUGGUCGAAAUCUAUGAGUGUCGGAAUGCGGCAGUCGAAAAUUUAAAAAUUUUAACUGAAGAAAUGGCUAAAGAAAACGAUGCUCAAUUGUUAGCAAUGAUGAAGGAUGAGAAGAAGGAAUUCUUAGCAUCCAUCGAAUCGUGGAACAGUCAACUAAUGGAAUCGAUUUUUGAUAUGCCGGAAGACUAUUACUGUUCGUCCAUGUUUCUUGAAGUCACAGCUGGUGUCGGAGGUCAAGAAGCAAUGCUAUUUGCGAGCGAAAUCCGAGACAUGUACACCCAGUACUGCUGCUAUAAAAGAUGGAACAUUCAACAGAUUAGUGAAGAUACAUCCGAAAUGGGUGGACUGAGACAUGCUAGCUACAUUGUGACGGGUGACGAAGCGUUUAAUUUGUUACGAUUCGAAGCUGGUGUGCAUAGAGUGCAACGGAUUCCUUCAACGGAAAAAGCUGGCCGAGUUCAUACUAGUACAGUUACCGUUGCGGUGAUACCAAAAUCAGACGAAGUAGAUUUGAAUAUCAAGGAAAAAGAUUUAAAAAUUGAAACCAAACGGGCCAGCGGAGCUGGUGGUCAGCAUGUGAAUACAACGGACAGUGCGGUACGAAUUGUACAUAUUCCCACUGGACUUUCGACUGAGUGUCAAACGGAAAGAUCGCAAAUUAAAAACAGAGAACUGGCGAUGAUCAAACUACAAGCGCAGUUAUACAAACAGCAUUACGACGCAGAGAAUGCAUCAACAAACGCUGCACGCAAAUCUCAAGUGGGAUCGAGUCUACGAAAUGAAAAGAUUCGCACGUACAACUACAAUCAGGAUAGAGUAACCGAUCAUCGCAUUGAAAACGGUACGAUGCAUAAUUUGGAAGGUUUUUUACUGGGUGGAUCGACGUUGGAUGAGUUAAUUAAGCGACUGAGGCUGUCCAAUAGACGAGACGAAAUUAUUGAAAUAAUUAAAAAGUCGACGUAGAAUUGGCCUGAUUUAACGAAAGUUUUUGCUUUAUUUUGUGUCGUUUCGAUAUUUGUCCGAAAGUCCCAAACCCCCCAUAAACCCUUACUUUUACAAGUUAUUUACAAGUUUAAACAUAAUUGAGCGAAAAUACUAUACGUACGUCGAUGAAAUGGCAUUUCACUCUUCCUCGGAUUUAAUCGUCAGCAAGCCAUCGGCUGUGUCGCUUUCAUUCAUCACAAGAUGCAAUUGAUUCAGAAAUUCUUCAAUUUCGUCUGGUUCGUUACCCAGCGCUGUCAAAAAUUUCGUAAUCUCGAUUCUCUUCCCGGCCAACGUUGAAAUUGAGUCCGGAGACGAAUCCAGUAGCAACAGCAGAAGGG